CAAUUUAUUUGUAUCUCACACACACAUAUAUACAUCAAAAAAAAAUACCCGUGCGUUUGCAAUUCCGAGGAACGGUGCAUUUUCUGGUUUUUUUUUAAAAAAAACUAAAAAAAAAACAAUAAAUGAGGCAUCAAGAUGCUGACCAGCAUCACCGACGGGAUAAUGUGCUGCAUCACAGGGCGGACAUUGAACGUGGUGGGGCCUAUCGACAGUGUGGAGACCAGUGACGGCUUUGACUAUGUGGAGGUGAAACCCGGGCGGGUGUUGCGUGUCAAGCACAUCGCCGGUGCCCAGACCUCGGUGGAGCCCCAGCCCUCUCUUCCGGGCAAAGGCUCGGUGCAUUGUAAGCGUAAAAUAUCCGUCUACCGCAAUGGGCAGCUGGUGAUCGAGAAUCUUGGCGACGUCAUCCGCUCCGAGAUCCUGCAUUGCCAGAACGGCAACACGGAGCCAGGCAGCACAGUGGAGAUCGAGCUGUCCGAAACCUCGGGCCAGGCCAACGGCAAUGGCAACGGCAACGGCAGCGCCAACCCCCCCGAACAACCGUCCGGCAAACGACGCAAACGCAAGCCCAAGAAGACGGUGGUCAUCGACUGCAAGAAGCGCAUCACCAGCUGCAAGGGCACCCACUCUGACGUGACUCUCUUCUUCAUCCACGGGGUGGGGGGCUCGCUGGACAUCUGGAAGGAGCAGCUGGGCUUCUUCGCCAAGCUGGGCUAUGAGGUGGUGGCCCCCGACUUGGCGGGUCACGGCUCCAGCUCCGGCCCCCGCAUCGGGGCCGCUUACACCUUCUACGCCCUGGCGGAGGACAUGAAGGCCAUCUUCAAGAGAUACGGGAAGAAACGGAACAUUCUCAUCGGACACUCUUACGGGGUUUCCUUCUGCACGUUCCUAGCACACGAGUUCCCUGAUCAGGUGCACAAACUGGUGAUGAUAAAUGGAGGGGGGCCAACUGCCCUGGAACCCAGUCUCUGCUCCAUCUUCAACCUGCCCUCGUGUGUCUUGCAUUGCCUCUCCCCCUGCCUCCUCUGGAGUUUCCUUAAAGCGGGAUUUGCGCAUCAAGGUGCCAAAGAGAAGCAGCUCAUGAAGGAAGGGAACGCCUUCAAUGUCUCGUCGUUCGUGCUGAGGGCGAUGAUGAAUGGUCAGUACUGGCCGGAGGGAGACGAGGUGUAUCACGCUGAGCUGACCGUUCCUGUCCUGUUGGUGCACGGGAUGCACGACAAGUUUGUUCCCAUCGAUGAAGACCAACGCAUGGCAGAGAUCUUACUGAUCGCAUUUUUGAAAGUCAUCGAGGAGGGCAGUCACAUGGUGAUGAUGGAGUGUCCGGAGACUGUCAACACACUCUUACAUGAGUUCCUGCUGUGGGAGCCUGACAUGAGCACCAGUCAGAAGUCAGAGACUGAGCCAGAGAUGGAAGAAGCUGCGGAAAACAAGUAAAGAGCUGGGGUGGGGGGAAAAAAAAACUUUAGAAAGGGGGGGGAAAAGAAAAGAGAGACACUAAGGGUUGACGGUAGAAAUUUUCCCAGAUCCAACGUGUAGAGAAAGGGAUUUUAUUCACAGUUGACAGAGGUUAUUCGUUCGUUCGUUCCGUUCCAUUCGUGGAGAUAUUCUGAACUACGUGAGGGCUGUAAGAGAGGUGCAGGGAUUAACGACACCGCCACGCGAGUGAGGUGUGCGAGAGGAUUAGCCGGGUCCUCGGGGGUCUCGAAACAGGCCUCGGGUGUCUGGCAAAAAGAGCGGAAAUGUGUAAAAUGUACAUUUUGAUAAAACGGCAGCUAAAAAAAAAGGUGAUUUCUU